AUGGCUCUCCCACUACUGUUGACCUUCCUACUCCUCAAUGAAGCCCAGGCAUCCCCAACCCGCGUCUCACCUCAAGAGAUCGCCCUCAUUACUCCAGCUCCAACAGCAACACUUGCAGUCUACGCUCAUGCCGGAGCCAAGCGUGGUAUCGUUGGCGAUAUCACCUCAAAAUUAGACUCUUAUGUGAAUAGCGUCUUCAGUGAGCUCGGCUCAGCCAUUCCAUCCUAUGUCACCGAAGGCAUCCUCCCGAACGAGGUGGAUCUACCAACCGGUAGUCAGGUCCUGAGUUCUGCUGGACUCAGCAGUUCCGAUAUGGAUGCUGUUCCUACACAAGUGUUGAAUAUCCCGGGUUAUGGAAAUUGGACGAACAACGGUUGGAACCUCCGGGUCCAUGGCAACGUCUUUAAACAACCCAAUAUCUCUCAAGACACUAUCGAUGACCUGGCAAAUUUCUUCCUCAUCGACACUAGUGUCGCAGACUUGCCCGCUUCCCAGCAAGCGCAGGCGCGCAAUUUGACACGUGAGAUUUAUGUCGUGCAGCAAGGCGAUGUCAACGUUACGGUGGAUAUCCUCCCCGGGCCGUCAAAUGGUGCCAGUGGCCAACCUGGUGGUAGUGGUGGAGUAACGCCUGCCGGGGGUGAGAAUCUCAUCACGUUGCCUUAUCCAACGACCGACGAGGGAGACUUCGAUGUCUUUGUUCCAAUCGACAACACAACCCUGAACGUACAAGCUGGAACUGGAGACGUCCCCCCGCAAAGAUUGAAUGUCUAUGCCCAAGGGACAGAUACCGGGAACGCAACAUCGUAUCUCGUAUCAGAUCAGGGCCUCACAGUCAUCAGCGACAUCGAUGACAUUCUUCGCAUCACCAAGAUCUACGAUCCAAAAGAAGGUCUCCUCAACUCCUUCGCUCGCCCAUUCACACCAUGGAUGAACAUGCCAGACAUCUACCGCAACUGGUCCGUCAGUCUGCCCAGCAUGCACUUCCACUACCUCACCACGACCCCAGAACAAAUCACUCGAAACUACAUGGAAUUCAUCUACAACACCUACCCAGGAGGCUCCUUCGACACGCGGCCCCUCAACUUCAGCGACCUGUCCGCGACACUGAGCAUCCGCAAAUUCCUGCUCGACAAGAUCUUCCUGACCUUCCCCAACCGCAAAUUCAUCCUGGUCGCCGACACCAGCAAUAGCGACGUCAUGAGAGAUUAUCCCGCGAUGGCGACCGAUUUUCCUAAUCAGGUCCAGUGCAUAUUCCUCCGCAACACCUCGUCCACCGAUCCGACCGAUAGAUUCCCGUACGACACCAAGGGCUUCAAGAACCUCAACCAGCAGAGCUACAUGUUCUUCAACGUUCCCGACGAUCUGACCGGCUUGGACAUCAGCAAUGGGCAAUGCUACAAUGCCAGCGUCAAGCAGAACCUGACUUUCGGGUACCAGGGCUUGCCGUUCGGUAUCGAUGACCAAGGAGACGGUCAGAGCGGGAAUAGUAGUGGCAGUGGAAGUGGAAGUGGCAAUGCCGCUCCACGAUUACUUGGGGCUGGGAGCGGAUGGAUGAAUACCAUCGGCUUGUCUGCCCUUGUGUUUGGAGUUCUCAUGUUCAACGGUUUAUGA